AUGUUGAACCCGAACGCGAAGACGUUUACGUUCAACCCAACUGCAACUUCUUCCCAUUUCAAUGCCGCUUCGACUUUGAAUGAGAGCGAGGGAGGAGUUCAGGACUUGACAUCAAGUUUAGGAGACUUUGGAUUCGUAAACGAGGAUGAUGCGGACGAUCUUUCCGCGCUCGUAAAGGGUGGAGAAGGUUUAGAUGGUGGUGCUGUGAGUGAAGGAGGAGUACACUACACAGAAAGAGACUAUUAUUACGACAACAACAACAACAACAACAACAUUCAGUCGAACGCCAGUAGUAGUCAGCAGGAGCAACAGUUUGAUGAUAUACCCGACGAGGAGAAAAUGAGAUGGCUCGUGCAAGAAUUCCCGAAUAUAGACGAAGCUAUACUCGAAGAUAUCUUGUUCAACGCCGCUCAUCAUGAUAUAAACUGCGCGUUAGAUUUAUUAGAGGAGUUGGAAGGUGACUACGAAGCGCCGGUGCCAGAAGCGCCGGCGAUUAACGAAGAAAAUUUUCCUUCUCUCGGUGGCGGUGGUGCUGGAUAUGGCAACAACAACAACAACAACAACAACAUAGCAGCAAAGAAGGAAGAACUACCUCAAAAGAUUUAUCUCUCUGGAGGAAGAUCGAAUUACGUUGACAGGCAAGCUCCAGCAACGUCGUCCUGGGCCACCUCCUCGCAUCCGCCCUCUUCGAUGACCACACGGUCGACGUACUUUGAUUCACAGAAUGAAAUAUCGACAAAAACUACUGAAUGGGUGGAAACCGGUGAUCUAGUGUCCAAUCUGUACAAAGAAAAUCGAGCAGAUGCGCGUGAUUUAGCGCGCGUGAGAAACGUCUGCUACGAACAAGCGACGACUGCUUUUCUUUCAGGUAAUAAAGCUCUGGCGAAAGAACUAUCGGCAAAAGGAAAAGAAGCCGCGAAUGCAAUGCAACGAGCUCAUGAGCAAGCUUCGAAUCAGAUAUACUCCGAAAGAAACAGGAAUAACAGUAGCACGAUAGAUUUACACGGGCUUCACGUAGCCGAGGCGCUUCAAAUUCUAAAGCGAGAGUUAGGCGCCGGCGGUGGAAGGUCUCGCGGAGAGUUUAUUAGCAUCCUCGUCGGUACAGGACAUCACACCAAAGGGGCUCGAACGCCCAGUCGAUUACCAUCGAGCGUCGAACAGUGGUUGAUUUCGGAAAAGAUUCAUUUUACCGAGCCAGUCUCGGGAGAGUUUUUAGUACGAGUUUUGUAA